AAUAACCAAAAAACGCUAUCUAUUUCGCUGGUUUGUUAUUGUUUUCUUAGUUAUAAAUUAUUUCUUUUAGAAAAUCGUGGGAUCAUUUUUACCUUGUUUUGUGUAUUCAUACAAUCGUGGAACGUCAUGGCUCAAAGAGAACGCCGUUCAAAUGCCGGGAAUCGUAUGGCCAAAUUGCUGGACGAAGAAGAAGAAGACGAUUUUUAUAAAACUACUUACGGCGGUUUCCAAGAAGUAGCUGAAGACAACGAUUAUAUUCAAGAGAAAGAGCAAGAUGAUGUGGUUGAUUCAGACUUUGACAUUGAUGAGAAUGACGAACCGGUGUCUGAUCAGGAAGCUGAAGGAAAAGAAAAAAGGAAAACAUCUUCUGGUGCUUACAAGGAUCCCAACAAGAAAAAGAAAGCAACAAAAAAGCCAGUAGUGAAAAAGCCAAAAGAUCCAGUAGCAAAAGAGGAGAAUCCUGAAAAAUCUGAGAAAACUGAAAGAGUUAUUCUUGAUACAUCCAUUGAACGAAAGUCAAUCAGACAGACGACAGCGCUGAAAUCAGCAGAAACACAGCAACGGAUCAAAAUCAGAUCGGAGCUCAAGAAGAAAAAGCCAAAGAAAGUUGAGGAUAAAAUGCCCACACAAGAAGAACUGUUAGAAGAGGCACUCAUAACUGAACAGGAAAAUUUGAAGAGUUUAGAGAGAUUUGAACAAAUUGAAAUGGAGAGGAAAAAAGUUCGACCCACAAAGAAAACUAUAUCUGGACCUGUAAUCAGAUAUCAUUCUUUCUCCGUGCCAGUGGAAAUUGAAUCACCAGAAGAUAAAAUUUUAGCUCCAGCCGAUAUUUCACUUAGCGAAAUCAUCAAGAGUGAAGUUGUACUAUUGACACCUGGUGAAGCCAGUGCAGCGGACGUGUCUAUGGCCGAACCAAAGACAGAGACAGAAGAGGCUGACGUCAAGGACGUAGACACGAAGAUGGAUGUUGACGUCAUCGGGCCCGAUGAAAUAAUAGACAUUGGCAAAAUUAACACCAAAGAAGAAAAACAAAUUAAACGACAGAGUAAAAACGUGAAAUAUCACGAGAGGACACUAUUAUCGUUCGUCAACGAUAUCAAUGAUAAGGCUUACGACACCUGCUUCCCGAAAUCCCGGCCAAAGCGACGCAGGGAACUACUGUGUGCUGUUACGAAACGUCCAGCUCGCUACAUAGAUCCAAUAACAAAAUUGCCGUACCGCAGUGUCGACGCGUUCAGAAUAAUACGAGAGGCGUAUUAUCAACAGUUGGAAGCGAGGGGCGACCGCUCUGAUCCUCAGGUGGCUGCAUGGUUGCAAUGGCGGAAGGCUGACGCGGCAUCGAAUUACGUGCAACUUCAUAUAAAGUGAACAAUAAGAGACAAAAUAAUAGUAUCCUUCAUUCAUAACAUCCGAAUACUUUUUAGAUACGUGCAAGUGGAAAACAACCAUUAAAUAUAUUAUUUUCGUUUCUAAUACACGUAAAAUUGUACAUUAUAACUGCGUGUAAGCCGUCUAAAAUUACAUUUUAAACUCUGCUGCAUAAAGUAUGAUUUUAUUGUUUGUAUAAAGCGUAAAAUAAAAUCUCGUGCAAAAGUAAAAUCUUAAUGUAAUCGGGCGUUUCUCCGAGCGUUUCGACCGCUCCGACCGCGCAGUCAUUACCAUCUGUCAAUUUUCUUAAAAAAGGAAUCAUUUUCCAAAAUCAAUUAUUCAUGAAAUUAACAUUACCACAUCACAUAUAAUGAUUUUAAAGUCAGAUAGUAAAACUAAUUGUUGUCUUUGUUAAAAUUUGAAAAAUGGUAAUGACAGCGCAGACGCAGCGUUCGAAACGCUCGGAGAAACACCCAAUCAGCUCAACUCAAGUGGUCAGCAAGUUGAUUGGCCAAUACAAAGAGGCGCUUGCAUCAAGGAAUAUUAGAUUGCUUAUUUAUAUUAUGUACUAUUGUUAAUUUCCCCGCAAUUGAAGUGAAAAGUAGAGUAUACAAUACAAGGUUACUGGUAUCUAACGCAUAACCUUCCAAAGGCGCAUAAGGUACACAGAGAGUGACAUCUUUUGUUCUAUGACUUUUGUCUAAACGUAAUAAUAAUUUUAGUUUUAAUGUCGUUUCUAUAAACGAUAACUCUAUGUUCGAUUCCGCUACGUACCGCUACACUGUACUGUCUCCUGUUGCUUGGCUAUUACAAGAGUUAAAAUGUGUAGAAUAGCAAAUUAAAUUGUAUUUUCUUUAUAUGAAAAAAAUACUACGAAUCACGAAAAGUAGUCGUAGAAUAAAAGUUGUUUGUUUUACCCAAGUAGUCUUUAGGAAGUUUUGCGUUUUACGCCAGUAACCCUGUAUACCUCUAUAGUAAAUCGACAUUUCACCCUCAGAGUAGUAAUCCACCCUAGCGGGUGUUUACAACUUUUCAAAUUUUUACAAAGAAGAACUAGUUUUGCUAUCUGACUUUAAAAUAAUUAAUCUGUGCUGUGGUAAUUGGUAAUGUCAAUUUUAUGAAUGAUUGAUUUUGGAAAUGAUUCUUGCCUCAAGAAAAUUGUUUGACAAUUGUUUGAUAUAAACGCCUUGGUAAUAAUGUUUCGAUGUAUGAUGUUGAUAUAUAAUUUACUAUUAUAGUCAGUGUAAAUUAUUACAUGUUUUUUUUAGUUCUAAUAAUGCAUUUUGACUCUGACAUAGUGACGUCACUCCCACGUCAAUGUCAUAAAAUAGGAUACUUAUUGUUGCCUGACUGAAUAAUCACAUUUUUUUUGUAUAUACUUAUUAUUGUAUAUAUAGGUUAGAAGUUGAACGAUUAUCUUAUUGGUUUAGCUGAUUAAGAUAAUAUUUGUUUCUAUUGUAGUCUGAAAAACGGAUAAUGACUUGUAUUGAUUUGUCUCUGUCACUUGUAUGAAUAUAAUACUGAACAAAUAGCAUGUGAGAACGAAAUGGCUAUAUUAUUGCCUUAUUAGUCUUAAUUUUAACACUGAGGGUGAAGUGCAGGCAUUGCGUUUCACUACGCACACUGAUGCGUAAUUAAGAGUAUAUCGAUAAAUUAAAUAUCUUGAGAUUGUAAGAAUGAAUUAAUAGGUAAAUAGAUUUUUGUACAAAAUA